AUGUCUAACUCAGGUAUCACCGUCGACGAUGAAUGCAUCGAGAAGUUUAACGAGAUGAAGCUUCAAAAGAAGAUCAAGUGGAUUGUUUAUAAGAUCAACGAUGAAGGAACAAAGGUUGUUGUCGACACUUCCAGCGAGUCGGCAGACUGGGAACCAUUCCGUGAGGUCCUCGUAAAUGCAAAGGCACUCAACAAGAACAAAACCCAGGGUAAAGGUCCCAGAUACGCUGUCUACGACUUCAACUACGAUUUGGCCAACGGAGAGGGACAAAGAACCAAGCUUACUUUCAUUUCGUGGUCCCCUGAUGAUGCUACUACCUUCCCUAAAAUGAUGUACGCCUCUACCAAGGAAUCUUUCAAGCGUGCCUUAUCCGGACUUUCGGGCGAUGAACUUCAAGCAAACGACGAAGCCGACCUCGAGGAGAAUGAAAUGUUGAAGACAGUCAGCAAGGGUACAGCCGCUCUCAAGGCAUAG